GGCACGCAGUCCAGUCCAGUCUCAGUCGCUCAGGAGGGUCAUCCUCACACACUCCACGCCGCGGCGCCGAGCCUCCAUCCUGCGCUCCUUGCUCCCACCCCCCUGGGCUUCGUCUAUAUUCGCGAAGAGCUCUCCUGCCAGUAGUGCCAGCCAUGGACAGCAGCGGCGGCAACAGGAAGCAGGGCUUCUUCUCGGCGCUCAGGGACGAGGUGGCGCGCGGGCUGUCGCCGGCGAGGGCGCGGCGGAGGUCGGCGGAGGCGGCGGCGGCGGCCGCGGCGCUGCGGUACGCGGGGGGAGGCGGCGGGGAGGUGCUCGCGCCGCUCAUGGAGGGCCCGGAUCCGGAGGAGUCCAGCGGCGGCGGCGGCGGCGGUGGGGGAGACGGGGGUUUCGGCCGCGGGAGGAAGGGGGACGGGUGGGGCCGGUGGGUGCGCGGCCAGCUCGCGCGUGCGCCGUCCGCGGGAGCCUUGGCUGUCGGGACCGGCGGCGGCGGCGGCGCGGCGAGGCGGAGCGACCUCAGGAUGCUGCUCGGGGUCAUGGGCGCCGCGCUCGCCCCCGUGCACGUCUGCGCCGCCGAGCCGCUCCCUCACCUCAGCAUCAAGGACACCCCCAUUGAGACUUCGUCGGCACAAUACAUUCUGCAGCAGUAUCUGGCUGCCUCCGGCGGGCAGAAGCUCCUUUCUUCUGUACGAAACGCUUAUGCCAUGGGCAAGGUGCGCAUGGUGGCUACCGAGUGUGAGACGGCUGGCCGUGUCGUGAAGAACCGCAUGGCGGCGCGCUGCGCUGAGCCUGGCCGGUUCGUGCUGUGGCAGAUGGCUCCAGAGAUGUGGUACAUUGAGCUGGCUCUCGGGGGUAGCAAGGUGCAUGCCGGAUGCAACGGCAAGCUUGUCUGGCGCCACACCCCAUGGCUUGGCGCACACUCUGCCAAGGGGCCUGUUCGCCCUCUCCGCCGAGCACUUCAGGGACUGGAUCCUUUGACCACCGCAAGCAUGUUUGCUGGUGCACGCUGCAUUGGUGAGAGGAAGGUGAAUGGGGAAGAUUGCUUCAUUCUGAAGCUGUGUGCUGAUCCUGAGACGCUAAGAGCGCGCAGCGAGGGGCUUGCAGAGAUUAUCAGGCAUGUUCUCUUUGGAUAUUUCAGCCAGAAGACCGGCCUUCUUGUCCAUCUCGAGGAUUCACACCUUACCAGAAUUCAGUCCACAACUGGAGGUGAUGCAGUUUACUGGGAGACUACCAUCAGUUCGUUCAUCGAGGACUACCGGCCAGUGGAAGGAAUAAUGAUUGCACAUGCUGGACGCUCGGCCGUAACCCUCUUUCGCUUCGGAGAGGUUGCCAUGAGCCACACCAAAACUCGCAUGGAGGAGGCAUGGAGCAUCGAGGAGGUUGCGUUCAAUGUUCCUGGUCUCUCCAUGGACUGCUUCAUCCCACCCACUGAUAUCAAGUCUGGAUCCAUCAGUGAGACUGUUGAGCUUCCGCACGGUGGCAAGAGCAAGGUUGGUCUUCUCACAUGCCAUGGUGUGAAGGUUGCUGCUUUGGAGAAAGCUGAUGAUAACGUUGCUUGGAGCGGAGCCCUGCAGCGAGAUUGCAAGUGAUUUGUGGUCUGUCCAUACUGCUUCUUGCAGUAGCUACUGACUCAUUUUGAUGAAUGUAGGUAGAAAGAAAGGGCCAAAGGAGGAUUUUGGAUCUUUAAAAUUCCAAAUGUCCUCUGUAAAUAGGGAAGGUCAAGGCAAUCACAUGGUCUUCCAUGUCCCUGAGGAGGCCUUGUGUGAAGAAUCCUUUCCGAUCUCAUUCAGAGAUAUGGCGUAGUAGGUAGGCUUGUUGGUAAUUUCUGUUUUUUGGUUAGUGCCUGUGGAAGAACCAGGGGUGUUCCUCCUCCAUCCAACCACAUGAUGAGGACAUGGUGGUGGUGCUAGCAGUACUAAUUAUCAGAGAGCCAGCGAGGAAGAAGGAUUUCGUCGUCGGCAAUCAAGAGUGAAUUUUAUCAUUGGGUCGCGUCUAAUUAGCAGUCCAGUGUGCUUUGGUUGGUGAUAGUCUGUGGUCAAACUAACUUUUAGGGGGAGAAAUGGAAGGGGUCCAGAGUGGUUGUUGCUCUUUGUUUAGGGUACCACCAUAUCAUGGGUCUGGCUGUUCUCCCCUUUCCCCUUCACACACAUCUCUCUUAUUUAGUAUGAGAUGGUGGUUGUAUUCUACAGAAGUUGAUGUAAGCCAAAAACUUCUAUGAAUAUCAUGGAUUGAGCUGUUUUUUUUCCCUUCCC